CCUUAAAUGGGCUGAACUCCAGAGUGGGAUGGGCGGGCCUGUUCUUUGGCGGCUUAUAUAACAAACAGAGAGCCGGGUCUGUGUGAAACUGUCUUCCUCAGUGAGCAGCAAGGUUGGAAGCUAGUACCUUCUGGAGGGUUCCACACGCAAAGAGAGAGAGCAUCCUGCACCUGCUGGAGGGUGAGCUGACUGAGGAGGGGAGCUGUAUUUCUGCUGUGCUUCUCUGAUAAACACAUCAGGAGCACACGCGUUCAAGAGCGCACAUACCUGAAGCAAACAGGAACGAAGAUCUCGUCUCCGAGAGACAGCAUACUGCACCAUUUUGCUUCUUCUUAGUUUCCUCUCUCUCCUGUGGGAGCUAGACUUGAUCCUGAGGUCUUGAUUGACUUGGAUUGAAGUGCCACACUGACACCUGCUUCCUGCAUCAGAACUGAAUGUGUUCCGUUAGUCUUCAGACAUACUUGUGAGUGAGACAAAGAUAGAGACCGAAAGAAGGAAAGAGGCAAAAGGGAAGGGAAGAAGCACACAAGACGAUAGCCUACAUCAGAGCUCCCAUCAUGCACCUGAAGACCGUGAAGUGUAACCAAAACUGUGUGAUUGCCACGUUAGCUGACCUGGAAGUGUUCAACAAUCCAGUAUCGCAGGCCGGCUUCGAGGCCCUGUUCCGCUCCUUCGACGCCGAGGCCACCUUCCAGUACUUCAAGAGUUUCCGGCGCGUGCGGGUCAACUUCGGCACCGCGGCGGCCGCCACCGAGGCCCGGGCGCGGCUCCACAAGAGCGAGUUCAACGGCAAGGAGAUGCGCGUGCAUUUCGCCCAGUCUGUGCACAUCGGGAGCGCUCGUCUGGAGCCCCCCAAGCCAGAUAAGCAGUUCCUCAUCUCCCCCCCUGCCUCCCCUCCCGUGGGCUGGCAGCAGGCGCUGGACGCCACGCCCGUCGUCAACUACGACCUGCUGUGUGCCAUCUCCAAACUGGGGCCAGGUGAGAAAUAUGAGCUCCACACCGGGACCUCCACCACCCCGAGUGUGGUUGUGCACGUGUGCGAGAACGAGCAGGAGAGCUCCAACAGCGACGACGACGACGAUGAUGGGAAGACCCCGCCUCCCAAAAUCAUCCAGACGCGCCGCCCGGACUACACCCCAGCAGUCCUGCACUGAGCGGCCCGCCGUGACGUAGUCUGCAAAGAAACAUUUUGCAUUACUGCCUCCCCGUCGCCUGGGGGAGCACUUGCAGCGGAGCCCAGCUGGGAAAGGGAAGCCUCACGAGGCGGGCAGUUUUCCUUGUCAGAAAAACCAGCGAAGCAGGGGAGAGUACAGCCAUUUAUUUAUAAACUGUGUCAGCCACAGCUGUCUCCUUUAUUUUGCCUUUAACGUCCUGCCUGUGAACUCUGACCUGGAUAACAGGGCCUGAACUAGAGGGACAUUAACCUGACGUGUAUGCGUGAAUGCAUUUGCAUAUGUUUUUGUCUGUACCGCUUUGUACAGUGAAUGGGCCUUUGCUUUUGGCUUGGGCUUUCAGGAAGUGGUUUAGUUGGUUUUAUCAGCGGGCAUUGACAUAGUGGGCAUGUCUCCUGCCUUGUCUGUGGCUGGGAUAUAAUUGAAUUUAGAGAGCAUGAUGAUCUGUGACCGAUGGUUUGGUGCAUUCACAAUCAAUGUUUUAUUCUGUUUCUCUGCUAUCAUGUCGGUCUCUAUGCAACGGACCUACCUCUGUGUUCAACCUCGCUUAUUGAUUUUGCUGUGGAGUUAUGGAGGGUGGAUCAGCAGUACUUUAUAACUGCCAUUUUGGCUCGUAGGGUUCUGCUCAGACACUCAAGUCUGUACUCCACUGGCCUCAUGUAGGGCUGUGUGGUUCCUUGUCUGCCCUCAGUAGGGACAGUUUCCACUGUCGGAACAGGAACCACAGGGUCCUGGCUCAGUAUGUGGUACUGUUCCACUUCAGGCCUGUGAGGAGGCUCAGGCUAGCCAAUGGGAACCAGUGCCCUGGGCGUAACCAUCAUGUCUGCCACCAGGCUCAGCCAAUCAGAUCAUCCGAUUAGCAUGCUGAAGUAUGUGCUUAAAGCUGGCUAGAAUCUUGCAAUGCUUCUUUACUAAAAAGCUCACUACUGUUUGCAGUAGACAGCACCAAUGUUCAUCUCCCAUGGCCAGUCUCAGCUUUUGGUUAAAAGCUGUGAGUAUGGGCCUUUUCACAAAAAAAAAUAAAAAUAAAAAACUGCAAAAGCCAGUUUUUCAUGUCAAAAUACACGUUAAUCACGGACACUUGUGCUGUCAAAGUAUAAACUGAAAACGGGGGCCACACAGAGGGUAUUCAGGAGCUAGCUGUGGUCACUACAAACUCUGUAAUAUAUGUUAGCUUUGCAAUUUCAGAAAAAAGCAGGCUUUAGCAGUCUAAGAGCAGAUGUUUGGUUCAGAAUAUCUGUUUUCUUUUCUACUUUCUGUUCUGGGAAACCAUAGUUUGAUGCAGCCCCAGUCUUAGCUCCUGAAGCCCCAGCUCACACUGUAAAAGUAUCCCCAUAUGUGUUUGGUUCCCUGUUGGUUAUCUGUGUGGGUCAGGUUCCUCGUCAGCUUUGCAAAGUUAAGCACAUGAACAAGUUUUUGUGAAAGGUCACACCACAUGUUUUCACUCUAAAUCAUUCAGAGCAGUAGAUCCUACAAGCACUGAUGUACCAGGUCAAAAACAUAUGCCUGAGUGAUGAGACUGAACUGGCAAAGGCAUGAGGGUUUACUUAAGCUGUGGUCUAGCGCUACAAAAAAUAAACAAAUGUAUAUAUACAGUAUACGCAUGGAGGAGCAUCAUUGUCCCAAGAGAAGAACCGUAGGUCUGAAAUCAUUGUAGCGUAUGAUUUCCUAUGUAUUUCACCCAAUGCAUGCUGGGAUAGGCUUCACCCCCUUUUCCCCCACCCACCCAUGCGACCCUAGCCCGGAAGAAGCGGGUUAUAUAGUACAUGGAUGGAUGGAUUCCCCAGUGUAAAAAUGUGUGUUGUGUGUCCACCCUGCCUCCCAGACUUACGCAGUCAUCAGUCUGUUUUGUCAUCAUUAUCGUCUUCACUCAUUUGUGGUCUCUGUCUCCAGUACUGAGUGAUCUAAGGGAAGUCUCGCACAGAAACCUGUCGCAGACCUGGGGGGGGGCCUUUUUGUUAAAGCAUUCAUCUCGGUAAUUCACCCCAGCUAUAACAAGCAUAUAUGGUGUUCCUGUGCUGCAGUGUUACAUCCUGUUCUAAGGACAGGAAGUGUACACCAAACCGAAACAGGCCAAUUGAUUAGAGUUACUCUGCGUUCACACAGCAAGCGACUCGACUGGUGGGUCGCUUGUGUUUACUGGGCUGAGGGAGGGGCAGGAGGUUCCUGUUGGUUCCUCUUAGUGGUCUCUUGCAGCUACAAAUUGUUGAUGAAGAGAAAUAACGGCUUUGCACAACUGCUCAGUUAUUCACAAAAUGGUGUAUCGGUUAGAUAAACGGGAAGCAAGGAGCUCUGAUUUGCUGUUGGCGGGUGAUGCCCGCAAAAAGAUAAACCUCACGCAACUUUUCUCUGGCAACUUUUGUCGCAAAGUUGCCCUGUUGCUCAGGUUUCUGCCUGUCACUCAGCUUCCUAGAAACUUAAUGGAUUUCUGUCAAUUGGUCAACCAUAUUGCUUGCUGUGUGAACGGGGGGUUACAGUUUUGUGGUGCCAACUGCCUUGUAUUGAUGCCACAGUUAUGAGGAAGACCAGUAUUAUGUGUUGCUGUGGUCCGGUUUAUUCUGUGGAUUUUUUUAUUAAGAUUAUAAACCUAGCUUCAAUGUAAAGCUAUUAUCUGUCCACUAAAUACAAAGGGAUAUUGUGGGAAGGUAAUCAGAAGACUGUGACUGAAGCUGUAUUUGGUCAGACUGGCCACAGGUCAAAUUGCUAAAAUUGAGUGGAAAAACUAGUUGGCUUACUAGCUAAUAUUUUUCAAAGACCUACUUAUUCUGGGCUAUGCCAGCCAUAGAGCUCAAUGCUAGCUAAUGCUUUCAGUUUUUUUUAACGAAUUGUCUAUGCUACAGUAUCUGUUUUUUUUUUAAACACUGAUUGCUAUUUAACCUGCUAGCCUGUUAGCAUUAUAAAUAUUUUUAUGUUUAUUCAUUAAAAUGGUAAAAAAAAAAAAGACUGUAUAGCUGCUAACAUGCAUACAGGGCAACUUUAGUAAGCUACCAACAUGCUGAAGUACAUCUAAAGGGAACCAAAGGGAGAACAAAGCAACUCACUCACAGCAGGUACAUUGUCACUGAUUUGUAUGUUGCAGGAUAGCACUGGGUGCAGCUCAGGCUGUAGCAUAAAGAAGGAAUAGGAAGCUAUAGCUAGAGAUACUUAUCUAGUAUAACUGCCUGUCAGGAGAAAAGAAUUCAUAGCUUGAAGGCUAAGUAAGCUUGCUUUGUCUGGCUGAAUUGUAUCACAGAUAAAGGCAGAGUCUACUCAUUGCCAGCAUAGCCUGAGCUAUUGCUGCAGGGAAUGCCUUCUUUUCCAUUGCUGAGUACUUUCCUCUGUGCUGUAGAAAGACAACUGUUGGCCAUGUUAUUUGUAAGACAUUCAAAUGUCAGUCUACACACAGACAUUUAUGAAUGUGACCGUUUGCUGCUGAGCCUGUAUUUCCACACACGCGUUUGUUAGUUAUUCUUGGAAAUUCAUUUUGACAUCUGCAUCAACGGGCCAGUAAAUAUUGUGCCUGUGCCUCAGUUUAUCUGAAUCCUACAUAUUGAAAUUUCAUGGAAAUUAACCCCAACAUUACAGUUUGCUAUCUUGCAGUGUGUGACCUUUGAUUGAAUUCCCGUUGAAACUUAGUCAGAUGCAUAUCUGCCUUCACCUGUGACAAUGCUGAUUGCUGAUUUUGGACCCUUUGAAUGAAUUACCAGUUGGCUAACUGAAAAGCUUCUCUCAGAGUACUAGCCGCUAUAAUACCGGAUUUUUUGUUGUUGUAGAAUUCUGUUUUAGCUUGCCCUGCGAUGGACUGGCAAACUGUCCAGGGUGGAAGGACGGAUGAGCCAUGUUACUGUGUUCUUAACCCUCCCCUGAGACCCUGGACUGAAAUAUGUUCUGUGUAUUUCUGAAAUGUAUUCGUGUUUUUAAUGCUAUAUUAAAUGAAAAAUAACUUUGA